CCCUUCCCCCGGUUCCAGCCGGCUCAGGCAGCCGCGGCGGCAGGAGGCGAGCCGCGGCCCGGUGAGGCCAUGAAGGUGAAGAAGGGCGGUGGCGGGGCCGGCACGGGGGCGGAGCCCGCCCCAGGGACUUCGGGCCCGAGCGUGGAGCCCAAGCUGGAGCCGCAGCCGCAGGCGGAAUCCGAAUCCGAGUCCGAGUCGGAGCCGGAGGCAGGCCCGGGGCCCAGGCCGGGGCCGCUGCAGAGGAAGCAGCCGAUUGGGCCGGAGGACGUGCUGGGGCUGCAGCGGAUCACGGGCGACUACCUGUGCUCCCCCGAGGAGAAUAUCUACAAGAUUGACUUCGUCAGGUUCAAGAUUCGGGACAUGGAUUCAGGCACUGUCCUCUUUGAAAUCAAGAAGCCUCCAGCCUCAGAGCGGUUGCCCAUUAUCCGGCGGGACCUGGACCCCAAUGCUGGGCGCUUUGUCCGCUACCAGUUCACGCCUGCCUUCCUCCGCCUGAGGCAGGUGGGAGCCACGGUGGAGUUCACAGUGGGAGACAAGCCUGUUAACAACUUCCGCAUGAUUGAGAGGCACUACUUCCGCAACCAGCUGCUCAAAAGCUUUGAUUUCCACUUUGGCUUCUGCAUCCCCAGCAGCAAGAACACCUGCGAGCACAUCUACGACUUCCCACUUCUGUCUGAGGAGCUGAUCAACGAGAUGAUCUGUCACCCAUACGAAACACAGUCUGACAGCUUCUACUUCGUGGAUGACCGGCUGGUGAUGCACAACAAAGCAGACUAUUCCUACAGUGGGACGCCUUGACCCCCAAACCACCCCUGCCCCCAGAAGGUCCUGGGCCCUCAGCCGUGACCUCCCCAACACUCACCUCUCAACCCCAGGAGUCUCAACCCCUGCCUGAGGAGUGCUCCAGGAGCCCUGGACCCUGAGUCAGUGUUGGUUGUGAG